AUGACGUACAGAGGGAAGCGGGACAAUGCACGCAGGGCGGAAGUGAGAAACCACUCGUUGCAAAUGGCAGACGUAUGAUACUGUCUACUUAUUUUUCUGGUAUAGCAGUGUAUUACAAUUAUUAGUGGUGAUAUGUCCAGAUUUUAAGAUUGAACAUUGUCAUAUUUAUAAUUGUUGUCAAUAGAAAAGUUCAACAGUGAUGGCGAAGUUAGUGAACGUUUGGCGGGACGAUGACCCGGUCGAUUUGACGCGAAGACAAAUGCCAUUCAUUGUCGAUGAGAAUCUUACAAUGGUGAUGGAUAUAAAUAAUUUAGGAGCAAUUUGUGAUAGUCCGUUAGUUUGCGGUAAAGAACUUGAUGAAUUUAUUAGAAAGCUUAAUAUACUUACGAAAGAAGAAAUUAAAGCUUCGUUUGAAGUGACAUGUAAGGAUAUGCUUGUGGUCUUAAGCCAGGCUGUGCCAUGUAUUGGUUGUAGAAGGAGUGUUGAAAGACUAUUCUAUGACCUUAUGAAAUCAGGACAUCCAGCAUUAGAUCCAUUAGUGAUUACACCUGAAGGUUUGUUAUCAAUAAAGGAUGAUGUUCUAGAAUCGCCACAAUUGCUUUGUACAAUGUUGCAAGGACACAGCACUAGGUUAAACAGUUUAGUUGAAGGCCAACCUAGAAAUAAAAAAUCACGAAGAUGUGUAUUGCAUUCAUUAGAAAUUCAACGUAUGAGACCUCCUCCAGGUGCAUGGAAAGAAGUAUGGGAUUGUAUGGAUCACACAUGUCGUCUAGCACUUUCAUUAAUAGAAAGUAAUAGUCUUGAAGCUACUUUAGAUACAUAUUUACGUAAACAUCGAUUUUGUGGUGAAUGCCGUACAAAGGUACUGCUGGCAUUUUCUCUGUUAACAACAGAGCCUGAACCAGAGAAAGAGAAAGGCUAUGUUGCUUCUUUAUAUUAUGGGAUCAGACGUUGCAUACGUGAUAGACAUGUACAUAUACCUAUAAACUCAUAUUUUAUGGGCAACCUUAUGGGCCGUAUACAGCCAGAACUCAUGGGAAGAGAACGACAUGCGAAAACGUUAGAAAUUGCUCAGGAAGAGGUACUUACAUGUUUAGCAAUGUGUGUCGCUGAACGCUUACAUAGAAUUCAUAGACGAUUAAGAGAAGAGGAAACUGUAUGCAAAGUGUUAGCUGCUGUUGCUGUAGAUGCAUUAUCUAGGAAUUUUCAAAUGGCUGUAGAAGUUAAACAAGGUGUUUCUCAAUUAGAACUUCUCUAUGAAGAAUUGACAAGAGAAGAAAUAGUAAAACAACAACGACGAGAGAAGUUGCGUUUGAAACGCAAAAAGAAGAAAGAACGACGAUAUGAGAUAGAAGAAAAAGAAAAUGCAUGUGAUUUACAAGUAUUAGAUCCCAAAAAUAAGGGACCACCUACAUGUAAAUGUCCAGACUGUGUAAAAAAAUCAAAGUCUAUGUCACAACAAGAAAAUCAAAUACAAUUAGUAUUUCCUAAAGAAUCAAAUGUUCAAAAAUACAAUAACAAAAGUUCUUCUGAACUAAAAACCAAAAUUUCUACAACUCAAACAAAAAAAUGUAAUACACCUGUGAAGAAUCUUUUUGAAGAAGAAUUAUUUGAUGCAUGUGAAUCAUACAAGGAUCUUUCAGAAAAGAUUGAAAAUAAUCAUUGGCAUAAUCUAGAAGAUUGUAAAGAUUCAAUGACUAAAGAAAUAGUAGAUGCUUGGAUUGGAAAGCCAAGUAAAAGCAAUAUGUGGAUAGAAAUGAAAAAACGUUUCGAAUUAUCAAUCUCAGAAAGGAAAAGUCGUUCUUCAAGUGAACAAUCAUCACAAGAUUAUGGUUAUUCGUCAGAGCAAAUUAGUAGUUCUUCCCUUCCUAGUACUCCAGAAGGUUCGGAAGUAGCUUGUAGUGAUGGAUGUUGUAAUCAUGAAAGAGAUUGUCACGAUAUACGACCAUUUGAUAAACUUGUUCAUUCCAAUUAUAGUAUCUCAUUACUAAAGGAAAGAGGUGGAGGUUUAACACUCACACAAAUGUUAGAAGAUUCUUAUUUAUCAAGCGAUGAAGAAAAAGAAUAUAUUCCAGCUGAGGAAGUAUUGGAAUUUAAAUCUCGAAUGUGCCAAGUUCUUGAAAAACGACAAGAACUGCGUCAGACACUGAGAAAACGUUUUGCUAUUUUAUGCAGCCAUCAUAAACCCUUUACCAUUCCUAAUUAAGAAUUCCUACUAGGUACAGUUACUUAAUAGGAUACAAUCUUUCUUUUUUACAUUGAUUUACUGCCAGUAGAAAAAAGAAAAAAAAACAGGAGUGCAAUAGAUGUCUUUCGUAUAACUGUUGUCAGUGGAUGUCAACCUUCCUAUGCGAAUAGAAUAUUGUUGGAGAUGUAAGAACAUUAUAUGGUAUGGUUUAUCUGUAAGCAAAGAAUUGCAUCUAAUAAACUAGAGGUACCAAGAAAUAAUUAUGCCUUGAAUUUUGUUGUUUUUUAUGCAGCUAAAUUUAUAAGAAUAAAAGACAUUGGUAGAUGAAGAAUAUAAUUGUAAAUUAAUGAAAUCAGAUUUUAUAAUCAAAUAUUAAUUCUGAAAACUGGAUUAAAGAAAAUAUAAAUCAUCAAAUUAAUGCACAAAUAUUUGUCAGUGAUCAGAAUUAAAAGUGAGACUGAUUUCCAUACUUGUAUAAUUAAAUGAUAAUUUUUAUGAAUAUUUAUUAAUCAUAAAAACAUGAUGAAUAAUGAUAAACUGCACGUAGUAAAUAAUUGUAUAAAUUACUAUCUACUUUAAGAGGAUUUUAUUUUUUUGGAAGAUUUGACUUCGUUUUUGUGCAAAAUGAAUGUAAAUGUUGUAAUAAUAUGACCGAAGAAUAUUAAAAAUUAAUACAAAAUUACAUAUUAUAUUAUUACAAUCCAUUAUGUAUUAUAUUAUUCCGAGUUACAUCUGUUUUGUACAAUGUUCUAUAGUAAUAUAUAAAAUAUUUUGCUUUCUCUUUGUACAAUAUGUUACAAGAGUUUCAUAUUAUAUGUUAUACAAAAGUAUUAAAAAUAUUGUUUGAAUUUCAUUUGUAUUUUGUUAUAAAAAAGUAAAAUUAUGUAUAUUUCCUUCAAAUGCGACAUAUAUAUAUUAAUUAUGUACAUUGAGGAAUGACUAGUUUGGAUUACAUUGUAAUAUUAUGCUUUUUUAAAAAUAUAAUUUUAGUUUAAUUAUCGAUUUAUUCAUUAUAUUGUGCAAAGCAUAAGCAUGCAUUUGUUCCACCAAAACCAAAUGCAUUUUUUAAUGCUAUGCGCUUCGAGGUUGUAUUCCAAUUUUUUUUUACAUUAGGUACAAAAUUUAAGCAUGUUUCCGUGUCUAGAUUAUGUAAAUUUAAUGUUGGUGGAAUUACACCUUCUUUUAUUGCUAAAAUAGUAAAAACAGCUUCUAAGUUUCCUGCUGCUCCUAAUAAAUGACCAUGCGCACCUUUUGUACUAGAGAUAGUUACGUUUUUACUAUGUUGUCCCAUAAAUGAUUCUACAGCUUUCAAUUCAAUCCCAUCGCCCAAAGGAGUUGAAGUUGCAUGUGCAUUAAUAAAAGUUAUAUCUACAGUUUCUAUACCAGCGUCUUUUACUGCUCUAUCCAUAGCUAAUAUAGCACCAGUACCAUCCUCACUAGGUGCAGUUAAAUGUGCUGCAUCACCAGAUAAACCAUAUCCUAACACUUCUGCAUAAAUAUUAGCUUUUCUUUCAAGUGCAUGAUUUAAUUCUUCUAAGACUAAUAUAGCAGCACCUUCUCCCAUGACAAAUCCAUCUCUAUCCUUAUCAAAUGGUCUUGAUGCUUCAUAUGGAAAAUCAUUUUUGUUAGUACUUAAUGCUCGAAGUCUACAAAAAGCAGCUAUAGCAAGAGGACUGAUACAUGCUUCUGCUCCACCACAUAUCAUUAUACUCGUUUCUCCCCCACGAAUAAAACGAAAUGCAUCACCAAUUGCAUGUGCUCCAGUUGCACAUGCUGUUGAUACAGAAUGAUUUGGGCCACGAAAACCAUAUUUAAUACUAAUCUGUCCUGCAGCCAUGUUGGGUAAUAUUCUUGGCACAAAGUAAGGGCUAACUUUGUUAUAUCCUUUUUUUAAGGCCUCAUAUGUUGUGCAUACGUCAACUAAAUCUAUCAUUCCAAUUCCUACUGCUACUCCUGUAUCUUGUUUAUCAAUUUCAUCUUUUGGUUUCCAAUUUGCAUCAUUUAAUGCUUCUUCUGUAGCUAUCAAAGCAUAAGCAGUAGCUGGGCACAUUGUACGUAAAUCACUUUUUGUAAAAUAUGAAUCAAUAUCUAAUUCAUUAGGACCAUUUCCUUUAGGUACUAAUGCAGCAACUUUGCAAGGUAGUUUGUUAUAUUCUGGAUUAGUCAAUUUGGUGAUACCUGAUUUGGAAUCAAUAAGAGUUUGCCAAGCAUUUUGUAGACCAACUCCAAGAGGACAUACUACACCCAUUCCUGUAACGACAACUCGCCGUUUGCAUCUUGCAGCGGUUGUUAAUGUACGAUUAAUACUAACAAACGGAGUAAACAUUUGACCGGUAAGAUUGAAUAUUUGAAAGGAGGUUAUAUGUAUAUUCUUAUAUCAUCACUUUUUACUAGAAACAAUUCAAUAUUUUAUAUUUUAUAGAAAUAUAUUUUAUUUUCAUUUUACACAUAAUAAUUAACGAUAAAUACAAAUAUUAAAUUUUUUUAAAAUAAUAUACAAUAAAAAUAUCUUUUUAUAAAAAUACACUAAACUAAAUGAAUAGUAUAGCACUAAAAUUU